GGAGUCACCCGUUGGAUUCUUCCGCCAUCGAAAAUCAAAAUACCAUCCGCCGUUGGAGUACACACCCUUCGCUGCCAAACCCUCGCAUCCCAUCCAAUCAAUCCCCUGAACAAUAUCACCAAUCAUCAUCAUGCUCAGAUCCCGUCUCGCUGCCUCAUCCGGCCUCCCCUCGCUUCGUAACCAGUCUCAGAGAACUUCCCUACUGGCCGGUCAGAAGAGAUUUGCCAGUUACAAAGAAAUCAAAUUCUCAAACGAUGGUCGAGCGGCCAUGCUAGCCGGUGUAGACGUCCUGGCCAAGGCUGUCUCAGUCACUCUGGGCCCAAAAGGCCGAAAUGUGAUCAUUGAACAGUCUUUCGGCGGACCGAAAAUCACAAAGGAUGGUGUCACCGUGGCGAAAAGCAUCACCCUUAAGGACAAAUUUGAAAAUCUGGGUGCUCGACUAGUUCAGGAUGUAGCCAACAAGACAAACGAAAUCGCUGGUGAUGGUACGACUACUGCUACGGUUUUGGCCCGAGCAAUUUACUCUGAGGGUGUCAAGAACGUCGCCGCUGGCUGUAACCCAAUGGACCUUCGUCGAGGAUCCCAAGCCGCUGUGGAUGAGGUGAUCAAGUUCCUAGACCAGAACAAACGAGAAAUCACGACAUCCAAGGAGAUCGCUCAAGUGGCCACCAUCUCAGCCAACGGUGAUGCCCAUAUCGGCCAACUGAUAUCAAACGCAAUGGAGAAGGUCGGAAAGGAAGGCGUGAUCACCGUCAAGGAGGGCAAGACGAUCGAAGAUGAAAUCGAGGUCACCGAGGGCAUGCGCUUCGAUCGUGGUUACAUCUCCCCUUACUUCAUCACCGAUAUCAAGACCCAGAAGGCCGAGCUUGAGAAGCCUCUAAUCCUCCUCUCAGAGAAGAAAAUCUCAGCCCUUCAGGAUAUCUUGCCUUCCCUCGAGGCUGCUGCCACCCAGCGUCGACCUCUAUUGAUCAUUGCCGAAGACCUGGACGGAGAAGCACUAGCGGCUUGCAUCCUGAACAAGCUUCGUGGACAGCUCCAGGUGGCUGCUGUCAAGGCCCCCGGCUUCGGCGACAACCGAAAAUCGAUCCUUGGCGAUCUUGCUAUCCUUACCGGUGGAACCUGCUUCAACGAUGAAUUGGACAUCAAACUCGAGAAGGCAACACCAGACCUGCUCGGCUCAACUGGCUCCGUCUCGAUCACCAAGGACGACACGAUCUUGCUCAACGGUGAAGGCCAAAAGGACAUGAUUUCCAACCGAUGUGAACAAAUCCGGGCCGCCAUCACCGACCCUAGCACAUCUGACUACGACAAGACCAAGCUACAGGAGCGACUAGCCAAAUUGAGUGGCGGUGUCGCGGUCAUCAAGGUCGGGGGACACAGCGAGGUUGAGGUCGGAGAAAAGAAGGAUCGAUUUGAUGAUGCUCUGAACGCUACGCGAGCUGCUGUCGAAGAAGGAAUCGUUCCAGGUGGAGGAACUGCCUUACUGAAAGCAAGCAAGGCCUUGGACGGAUUGAAGUUGGCCAACUUCGACCAACAACUCGGGGUUUCGAUCAUCAAAUCGGCCAUCCAAAAGCCCACACGGACGAUCGUUGAGAACGCGGGUGAAGAAUCGUCGUUGGUUGUUGGCAAGGUGCUCGAACACUACAGUGGAGAAGGACAGUUCCACUGGGGCUAUGAUGCCGCCCUGAGCGAGUACAAGGACCUGGUUGCCAGCGGAAUCAUCGAUCCCCUCAAGGUCGUCAAGACCGCCCUGCAUGAUGCUGCCGGUGUUGCCAGUCUGCUCACCACUAGUGAAGCCUGUGUCGUCGACGCGCCUGAAGAUAAGGCCGCUGCACCAAUGGGUGGCAUGGGUGGAGGUAUGGGUGGAAUGGGAGGAGGAAUGGGCUUCUAAUGUCAAUAAUGUAAUAUAUAUAUAUCCCAAAAAUAUCCAUUCUCACAAAAUAUCCCCUAUAACCACCCCGCUUCUUCUUCUUCUUCUUGCUCAACAACAAAUACAAUACUUUUUUUUUUCAAAACUCCCCCGCUUACUCUGACCGAAAAACAAAAAACAAUAACCAACUGUAUGUAUACCCAAGGAAGUUGGACGCCCAUAUACACAAAAACAGUGCGGUUUUGGGUAGUCAAAGUUUGGCAACGGAAAUUCCUUAACGCUUAUGUCGACUCUUCUUGCCCUUCAUCACACUCUAAUCUGAAAUCUAUGCAUUGUUUAUUUUUUUGUUUGUCUUUAUUCGUGUGUGUGGAUUUGAGUUGGCCUCGGUGCCGGCUUGCUUCGUUGUUAUCGCCUUCUGUUUAUAUGAAGAAUGGGGUGGCCCCAAUGGACCAACUCCUUGGAUAUACAUAUAUAAAAAUCAGUGAG